AUGUCGGGUCCGAGUAGAAAAUCAGAUGCAGUCAGAAAAUGGGAAUCAGGAGCAUCGAAAAGAAAAAGAAAAGCUGCCGAGGCAUUGUCAAAUGAAGCCAUGAGUUCUACUAUGAUUAAAUUUCUUAAAAAAUCUUCGAAUGAUUCAACUGUAAACUCCGAUGAAUCUGUUUCCCAAAAUAUAGUACAAGAAAAUAAUGUAUCAAAAAAUAUAACUGAAGAAGUUUUUUCAACUGAAAUGGAAAAUAAGUCUGAUUCUGAAUAUCGUAUGAUGAAUGAUCCUAGUGAAAAUGAAAAUGUUUUAGAAGAGAUUGAUUUUACUGAGAAUAAAAGUGAUGAAAAUAAAGAACCUAAUUCAAAUGUUGCUUUACCAGAGUCAUUGAUUAGUACAGAUCCAGGCAAGUGGCCAUUUUUUAUUAUGGUCUCGCACCGUCUCUACUUAAUUGAAAUUGAGCCUUAUAAAAAUUCAGAAAUUCAAGAUGAUUAUUAUCCCAAAGAUAUUGACAAAAGACAUUUUUCUAAUUCUUAUUAUGUUAGAAAAUUAAGUAAUGGCGAAUCUCAACAGCGCAAGUGGCUAGUUUAUUCAGAAUCUCAAAACAAAGUCUAUUGCUUUCCUUGUAAACUUUUUUCUAAUUCGCAAACACAUGUGGUACGUGAAGGAUGUGAUGAUUGGAGACAUUUGAGCAACAUUUUAAAAAAGCAUGAAAACAAUCAGGAACACAUGUUGUGCAUGUUUAAAUGGAUGGAAUUUCAUAAAGCAAUCAAACUCGGGAAAACAAUUGAUAUGGAAAAUGAAAGAUUGCUGCAAGAAUCUCAGAAAUAUUGGUACAAUGUGUUUCAAAGAUUGGUAGAUGUAAUAAAUUUUUUGGCCUCACAUAACCUGGCAUUUAGAGGUCACAGAGAGUCUAAAUAUGAUCACGUAUUAAGCGAGCAUUUGCAAAACUUUAAUGAAAAAAAAAUUAGACAAAGUUAUAUGAGUCCUGAGAUUCAAAAUGAAUUGAUCACAUUAAUGUCUAAAUCAUUAAUUGAUAAAGUAAUUGAAAAAGUAAAACAAGCCAAAUAUUUCGCAUUUAUGCUCGAUUGCACUAGAGACGUAAGUCGAACUGAACAAAUGUCCAUUAUUUUAAGAUUUUGCAAUGCUUUGACUGGCGAACUAGAAGAACAUUUUAUUGGAUUUAUAGCAGCAUCAGAAACAACGGGGGAAUUUAUAACAAAGUUAGUACUAAACGAACUGGAAAAGCAUGGUUUAGAUAUUCAAAACUGUCGUGGUCAAGGAUAUGAUAAUGGUGCGAAUAUGGUGGGUAUUAAUAAAGGAAUAUUAAACAUAAAUCCAAGAGCAUUCUUUACACCAUGUGGUUGUCAUAGUUGGAACCUGAUACUAGUUGAUGCAGCCAAAUCAUCUUCGACUGCAACUACAUUUUUUGGUUAUAUACAAAAAAUUUAUUUGUUAUUUUCAUUAUCUAGUAAACGCUGGGAGCUACUGAAAGAUAAAUUAAAGUUAACAUUAAAAUCUUUGUCUGAUACGCGAUGGGAAAGUAGAAUUUCUGCCGUUAAAGCGAUCAUUUUACAAUUUGAUAAGAUCAUUGAUUGUAUAAUUGAGUUGAAAGAUCAAACAAAAGAAGCGGAUGUCUUGUGUGAUUGUGAGGGCGUUUUAAAAGAAAUGCUCACUUUUGAAUUUAUUGUUUCAAUCCAUGUUUGGUAUGAAGUAUUACUGCGUGUGAACAAUAUAAGCAAAAUUUGGCAAUCAGUCCAAAUUAAUUUGAAUGUGGAUGUUGAUUAUUUACGAGAUUUUAAGGAUUGGCUCCAAGAAUAUCGCAAUUCUGGCUACGAGAGAACCCUUGCUGAAGCUCGACAAUUUAGAGAAAAAAGUGCUUAUGAAAUCUCACCUGAUUUUUAA